GUACAGAGCUCAGUCGGCUCUGAGCCUUGGAGGUGAGUGCACGGAACACUCUGUCCGGAUCCGCGCCGCGAGCGUAACUUAGUUCGUAACGCGGGAGAAUGUAGGUUGCAUCGUAUUCUAAACUUUAUGAGUGAUUUAUAAAUGAAUGCUGACGUAUAAAUUCACAACUUUCAUUACAAAAUAUUCCCAUUAUUUUAAAAUAAGCUUAGAAAGCUAUAUUAACGUGAACUUUCAUAAUUACACGGCUGCGGCCAAUGUAUAUUGUUGGCGAAUAAUAGGAAUGUACGAUUUAACACGAUAACACUGUAAACAAAGUUUAAACAAUAAAUCCAUAACGGACGAGUACCGACGCAAUACGAAAUGUCCAUGCUGCGCUUGAUUUUACAAAGUGAACAAACACAAAGGAUAUAAAUCUAGAACAGUUCUUGAACAGGACAAUGUUAACAAACAAAAUCAACAGAGCGGGUGAAACUUUCACAGCUAAGAAGUCGAAACUGUGUAUACAAUGUCGGUGGAGAGCAGCGAGCUCUAACAAGCCGGCCAUCCGAACUUGUUAAACGUGGCCGGGGAGUAAUUCACCGAAGCGGUCACUAACUGAACACUCAGACAGUUGGGGAACGUCCGCGGCUGUGUGUGGCAAGGCUAAGGCACAGAUUUGUUUCUGCAUGGCAGGCCGCAGUGUUGGUGGCGCGCGGAGAAUGGCCCGCGGAUGAUGGACUCGCACUCGCUAGGCCGGAGUCGGCAGACUCCCGCCGCCAGGAACCACAUUGUUUACACCGACCAUAAAGGACGAAAAAUACCGUACGCUGACAAGAUCACUCCGGAGCCGAUACUGCACAACAAUACCAGUAGGGACACAAAGGCUGACUCCAUCAGGAACAGCUAUAACAGUCAGUUCAAGGUAGGCAUCUACGGCUGGCGGAAGAAAUGCCUGUACAUACUGGUCAUGACUCUUAUGCUGAUGAUGGUCAUCAAUCUCGCACUCACACUAUGGGUACUGAAAGUUCUGGAUUUUAAUUCGGAAGGAAUGGGCCAACUCCGUAUAGUACCAGGAGGAUUACAACUCUUAGGACAAGCUCUAAUGUUGGAUUCUCUCUUCGCGUCCACCAUCAAGUCACGUCGAGGGUAUCCAAUUUACAUGGAAGCUUCUCGAAAUUUUACCGUUUCUACUAGAGACUCGCACGGACUGUUACAGAGUAGAUUAUAUCUAGGCCACGAUCGUUUCGAAGUGAACGUGGGUCGGUUAGAAGUGCGCGACGCCCGGGGAGCGCUGUUACUCGGCGCGGGGCAGGACUCGGUCACAAUCGGGGCAGAAACACUGACGGUGGUCAGCCCUGCCGGCGUCACCAUACAAGCCGCCGCGCAGACACCCCUAGUCAAAGCCCCCCCUUCAAAACCAUUGGUGCUGGAGUCACCGACGCGUUCGCUGGAGAUGCACGCAGCACAGAACAUAGUGCUGGAGUCCCGCGCCGGCGACAUCAGCGCCAGCUGCCUCACUACCUUCCGACUCAGAUCCGUUGCCGGCUCGAUUCGUCUAGACGCACCCAGUAUAUUUAUGCCAAAGUUAAAAUCGGCGUUACCACUACCGCCGUCCGCGCACACGCACGAUCCUCACCACCAGAACAUUUACCAGCUGUGCGCAUGCGCGAACGGCAAGCUGUUCCUCGCCCCGCCCCACGGCGUCUGCGCAGCACGAGAAGAGAGCCUUAUAUGCCGAUGAUGAAUUUAUAUUGUGAUCCUGUGACAUUGUUGUUCAUUGACGCUUUCUAUUUCCUUUCUCAAGUUUCCAAGCGCUAUGUACAUGAACAAAUAUGCAAUUAUAUUAGUUCAUAGUGAUGUGUCAACGUUGUGUUUUAAGGCGUAAAGUAUAUAUCUAUGAAUGGAUUUACAUGAUUAUACGAGGUAGGAUGUUAGGGGUUUAAAAUUGAAAGCUUGUCACUGAUUUAGUUUUAACAAAAUUAAUAAUAGCUUGGUAUUCUUCAACAUAAAUUAAAUUCGUAUUUAAGGGGUUUGGUAUUGAAAUAAACUUGUCCUAACAAUAGUAAAUAGCCGGUUGUCUUUGUUCCCGAGGGAUUUCCAGGAAGGGCAUGAUUUCAAUUUUCAUUCCGCUUUAAGGCGCCCUCAGUGGUUUGUAAGUCUCAAGCCGGUUGUGCUUAUCAUUACGAAUUGUGUAAUAUUCUGUUAUUGGCUUCUGUAAAAUGUUAUUGUUAUAAAUUAAAUUUAAAUUUUCGAUAAAAAUACAUUUAAACGUGUAUUUUAAGUAAGAUAACAACGAUGUCAAAUAAAUGUAACGUAGAACGAAUUACGAAUAGGUGUGAUGUUUGAGCCCCAUGUUAGCGAAUUAUAACUUUCCAAUUUAUUUGUGUGUAUGUCUGUACGUAUACAAAUAAGAGGUACUAUACUUCUAGCAAAAUACUGCAGUGGCUUGUUCUUCGUUUCGGUGUAAAUAUUUGUGUGAGAAACCGCUACUUCCACAUGUUUAUUCCGAGUUUGAAUGUAAAUGUAGAAUAGGGAUGAUGACUCAGUCAAAUAUAUUGUUUCCGUGUAUAAUUAUACAAAUAGUGAUACUCCCGAUCCCAUUGAUUGUUUUUCUAAUAAUUAUAAUAAUUAUAAAAGCGAAAGUUAGUGAAAUUGUGUGCAUGGAUGUUACUCUAUCACGUCAAAACAUCUUAAAGGAUCGGGAUGAAAUUUG